AAUAACUGUCACUUUUUGGAAGUCAAGCUCUAAUCAAAAAGCGUGUUAUUAUUUCUAUUUUCCGCAUUUUUUAUGUAAAAACCGUAUAAAACAGUACAAUGGCUGGUGUAUUAUUCGAAGAUAUAUUCAAUGUAAAAGACAUAGACCCUGAGGGGAAGAAAUUCGACCGAUGUAGCCGUUUACAUUGCGAAUCAGAGUCUUUUAAAAUGGACCUUAUUUUGGACAUUAAUUCGUGGAUUUAUCCGAUGGAAUUGGGUGAUAAGUUUAGAUUAGUGCUUGCUACAACUCUCAGAGAGAACGGUUAUCCUGAUGGCGGGGAAUGGAACCCUCUAGAAACGGAGGGAAACCGCGCCGACAGUUUUGAGUAUGUCAUGUCAGGCAAAGUUUACAGGAUAGAAGGUGAUGAAGCAGCAAUGGAGCCAGCGUCGCGAUUAGCAGCGUAUGUAUCCUUCGGAGGCCUCCUGAUGCGCCUUCAAGGAGAUGCCAACAAUUUGCAUGGCUUCGAAGUUGACCAGCACAUGUACUUGCUAAUGAAGAAACUAGCUUUCUAAACUAUCAUAUAAGUUAGUCAUUAAGUUUAUUACGUAAGAAUAAAAAUAAAUAUUUUAUACGAUUA